GCAGCCUCUGCAAAUCUAUGAGUUGGUCUUUAUUGCCUCAUGUUGCCCGUGAAGCUCAUUCUCAAACAACGCAGCUUCUCGCUCUCCCUCCCUCCCUCUCUCUCCCUCUCUCUCUCUCUCGUGCUCAUGAAUGUCACCUCUACUGACGGUAGCUGCCGGAAUUCACACACACAUACUCUCACAACCACUGGCUGACUUUGGAUGAGGAGGAGGGGGAGGACGCGGGGCAGGAGGGAAAGGGAGAGCUGGGGGUGGGGGGGGAUUUGGUGAGGACUGUGGGAACAGAGCGAUGCCAUCAAGAGGCAGAAGACGAGUCUCGAUCUAUCUGGGUCCAUGCAUCUUCACUGUUCCCGCAAGCGUCGCCAGCGUACCGACUGCUGUUCUACCUCCGGAUUUAAGUCGGCUGGAUUACCGCCGGGACUCCCGGAUUGUUGUCGGGUGCUGCCACGUUUAAAUGGGAGGCAAAGUUGGACCCCCAUGGACUGCACAAAUGGUGACCAACACUUUGUUUUUUCUCGCAUCUUUAAGAGCUUCCUAGCAUUGGAAAUGAUUUCACUUUCCCCGAGUGAAAGUCUUUUUAUAUGUGAAAUCAUCUUUUGUAUCGCUUAUUCCAAGUAGGGCCAGUUUUUGACAUUAGGAACUUGGCUGUGGACCCAUUUUUCGUUGGUGUUGACGAUGCGUGAAAAAAGCAAUAUAUGAUAAAGAUCUACCCUUUUUAAAGCCAUUCUUGCUAUUGUUAUUAUCAAUAUGUGACCGCAGCACUUUCCCUCUGUGAUAUCUGCGUAUGAUGUGUACAUUGGACUGCAGGUGAACUUGCAUCCUCCCAGUUCUUCUGUCUCCAAGGGAACCCUCCCACUAAACUCUUCCCUGUUAACCCAGUUAGGGCUCCCCUGCGGGGGCUUCUCUAAAACCUUUCGUCCUACUCCAGUUUUUGCCGAAAAACAAAUCCACAGCGGCAAGAGGGGGAACUGUGAAGGAAGACACCCCCCUCCCAAAGUUGAGGGGGGGGUGGGAAGAUGGCAGCUCUCGCCAGCUCACUCAUUAGACAGAAGCGGGCGGUCAAGGACGACCAAACCAACCGACCGGUGGCCAGCAAGCGUAAGCCCUGUCCGAAGAGCAACAAGUCCUUGUGCCAGAAACAGAUCCUGGUUCUGAUCUCCAAAGUAAGGCUAUGUGGGGGUCGCAAAGGUCGCAACGACAAGAGACCAGAGCCACAGCUAAAGGGCAUCGUCACGCGCCUGUACGGCCAACAUGGAUACUACCUUCAAAUGCAGCCCGACGGCACCAUGGAUAGCACGAGAGAUGAGAGCAGCUCUUUUUCACAGUUCAACUUAAUUCCUGUGGGACUGCGGAUUGUGGCAAUCCAGGGUGCAAAGACGGGGCUGUAUCUCGCCAUGAAUAGUGAAGGAUACCUCUAUACCUCUGAGAACUUCACUCCGGAGUGUAAGUUCAAGGAGAGCGUGUUUGAGAACUACUACGUCACAUACUCCUCCAUGCUCUACCGGCAGACCCAGUCUGGCCGCUCUUGGUACAUCGGCAUCAACCGGGAUGGCCAGGUCAUGAAGGGCAACCGGGUAAAGAAGAACAAAGGAGCCGCCCACUUCCUGCCUAAAGUUAUCGAAGUUGCAAUGUAUAAGGAGCCAUCGCUACACGAGCUCACGAGCGAGCCCGUGAGUCCUCCUCGGAAGACAACCAAAACAUCAGAUUCCCCGUCCCUAAAGAAUGGGCGGAAAGAAACUCCCAAGGCUGACGCCUCGUAGCACAGGAGACAGAGGGUGGGUCAGAGGGCAACGCUGACACUUGGAACACCGCCACCCAUCAUGCAUGGAGGGCGUCUGGGUGAAUGGCCCUGAUGGGCCCCCACGUUCCAGAAGAGCACUAUAAGAUGCUGAGGGAUGAAGGGUGAGUCGUACAUCAGCAGCCAAGAGGUGCAAAGAGGAGUCAUCCCCCCCGCUCCCUUGUCAACACAGAACGACCAGCGUGGGCUCUGAGCCAGCGACGAGCACCCCUCAUCCCUGCGUUUGUUUGUCUUCUUCUCGGCCCCUUCCGACUUCCGAAUGCACAGCCCCCCCAUGUCUGCCAUAAUUGGGCUUCUUUGUCGCUUUUACAGCUGUGUCUUUUCGCCCAUGUCUCUAUGGAAAUACAGUGGAACCUCGGAUUUCGGCACUAAUUUGUUCCUAAAAAACUAAACGUACAGAAAUUGAGCCAAUUUUUCCCAUAGGAACGCCAAUAAAGUCAGCUGGGAUAGGCUCCAGCAUGCCCCCGCCACCCUAAUGAGGAGAAGCGGUAUAGAAAAUGGAUGGAUGGAUGGAAAUCUAAUAAAGCCAUUCCAGACAACCACAAAUGCAUUUCAGAGACAAUAAGUACAGUUUUACAUAGGAGUGCACGAUAUUUAUCGGACCGAUAAAUGACGUCACACCAAUAAAUUUGAUGAUAUUAAAAGUAGCUCCGAUAACCAAAAUUUUAAAAAAUGUUCCAAUGAGGAGAUCAUGUUUUAAUAGCCUCUGAAAACUUCCCCUGAGCUCACUUGUAAACAAGCAUUUACUUUCUGACAAAGUGUGUGUGUGUCGUGUGUGUGUGUGUGUGUGGGGGGGGGGGACGGGCACACAAAAAACCUUCUCAGCCACCUGAAACACCAGCGCCACAGCAUUUGAAAAGUGCAAAUGGUUUGCCAGAGACCUCCAUGGAGUCACACCGGCUGCUCGGAGCGUGUGCCCGAAUACAGUGCACCUUGCUGGGCCACAGCAGGUGGAUCCCUCCACCCUAUACUCUGGUUCUCCUCAUAGUAGUGAUGUGGUCGCAGUAAUGUCAUCAUAUUUGAGUAGGACAACUCAACAGGUACAACAAAUCCUAAUUAGCUCCGGUCCUUCCUACCUCCAGGUGUGCACAAGUUACAGUUAAAUCUAAAAUUUUUUGAAAAGUAAAUAUAAAAAAGUUAUCGGUUAAAUUUUUUGAAAAGUAAAUAUAAAAAAGUUAUCGGUACCAUAUCUGUUUUGAGAAGCAGAAAGUAUCGGUUUGAAAAAAAGAUAUCGUGCAUCUCUAGUUUUACAUAAAUGACUCGAGGUGUCACAAGACGAGAUGGGACAAUAAACGAGAUUGGACCUCCGAAAACGAGACAAGACGAGAUUUUAUCAUUACAAGAAAAGCACAAUGAAAACAUGUAAAACAGUGCAUGACAACAUGUUGCAAUCUACUAACAUCAUUUCUACUACGCUGCACACCACUGCACUCUGUGUGUAUGCUGGCGGCCCCGCCUCCACCUACUGAGACAAAGAGACGGUAAGAUGGCUCACUCCGUUCAUGCCGCUGUUUAUGCAGCCAACCAAUGCACAGAGUGAACUCUCUUCCUGCCUGUUUGUGGGCGGGAGACGAAGAAAACAGACACGCAUGCAAAUGGCAAUAUACUGAGGCGGGCAAAAUGAUCCAGUUCAUUUUCAUUUAUUGUGUGAUUCAUUCAUUUAUUUCUUCUCGUACGAGGGCCUACGAGACAUUUGUUCUCCGAACGAGAAAUCUUGUCAUGUUUUAAUUUCACGAGACCUUGUGACAUCCCAACGAAUGACGAAUGAAUGGAAACUAUUGAUGAUCCUGGCCAGAUUGAAUUCACCAAGAGAGUGUACGAAAACCGAGGUUUGACUGUAUCGGAUUCACCAUUCACACGUUCCCGUACCGACCUCGACUUCAUAAUCCUCACCCAUGGGCCUCCUCUUGAUCCCUAAAGUUGGUGACUAUGCCCCCCCUCCCCGCCAGCUUUUCCCCACACACCAUCUGCCGACCAGCUCAGCUAAUCAUCAAGGUCAACUAAAGCUCAGUGAGAGAUGAAACAGCUCAGAGAGUAAAGACGUCAAUUGGAAUCCUGGGUCGGGUCGGGAUCAGUAUACUGGGGAGAGCGUGGGGACAGAAUAUCAGAUACAAGUCCAGGACCUCAGCACCAGUAAUUUUUACUAAAUGCUUAAUAUCCCCAUCGAAAUCCACCUGUGCCAUGAUGAAAAAUUGGAAUUCAGGACCGGGCAGAAUACUUUAAUAUGGAAGAAAUCUAUCUAUUCAAUAUAGUAUGAAUUAUUAGGGAUAUCAAUCAAUAGAGUUAUGAAUGAAGACACCAGGGGAUAUGUCCCAAAAAGCCCCCCCAAAAAAGACCCCAAAAGAGAAUAAGCGAUGUCCUCUUUGCGGCCUUUUUACCCACCAGGUGAUCACUUAUCAUUAGAGAGCUCGCUCAAACGCUACACGUGAACAACUGGGUCGAAUAUUUUCAAUCCAGCGUGGAUCAGAAAGCAGUCAUCUGAAAACGAGCGGAAGUGUAUACUUCACUCAGCAUCUGCUGUCAGCAUAAAGCCGGGUUUGAAGGCAAACAUCAAAGCCAGAGGAGCCUCUGAGCGGGAGCACUUGUUAUUCUGACGAUGUCUGGCAGCUUAUCCACCCGCUCACUUUAUCAAAUCACCUUGGAAGAAUCACCCUCCAAAAUGUAGCUGUCUGAGGGGAUGUCUUGGUGUGACUGCGCCGUAACCCCUGUGUGUCGGCGUCUUUGACGCUACAGAUGCACCUUAUGUGUGUGGACGGGCGCAAGGGAAGGCGAUGCUGCAGCUCACCUUAACGGUGUCAUUCAGAAAGAGCGUGACGCUGGCUAUCGUGGAUAGGCGAUGCCCUGUAUGGACUGUUGUCACUUGUUUUUAGGUGGGUAUGGUAUUUCAGGCUUCAGAAAGAGACAGUUUUAGCACAAUAUGCAAUGACCUUGUGUCAGUCUAGAAUUCUAAAGGAGAGAUUGGGUGCUGACCACUAAGGCAAGCUGCUUGGGGAUUAAAAACAAAGUUGAAAGAAAAGCAUUCAGUCAAAGUCAACCAGAAAAGCUGCCAUUUAGUUUGCAAUAUUGCUGCGUCUGCAGUGAUGCGGACUCUGCAUCGGUCCAUUGUGGUGAAGACAAAGGCAAAGCUCUCAAUUUACCGGUCGACCUACGUUCCUACCCUUUGGGUAGUGACCAAAACAAAGAUGGCGGGUACAAGCGGCUGAAAUGCGUUUCCUCCGUAGGUUGGCUGGGCUCUCCCUUACAGAACCAGGAUGCUUCCCGGACACCUACUUGGGGAGGUGUUCAGGGCACGUCCGACCGGUAGGAGGCCUCGAGGAAGACCCAGGACACGUUGAAGAGACUAUGUCUCUCAACUAGCCCGGGAACGCCUCGUAAUCCGCCGAAAGGAGCUGAUCAAAGUAGCCGGGGAGAAGGAAGUCUGGGCUUCCCUGCUUAGGCUGCUGCUCCCGAGACCCAACCUCGGAGAAGCGUAGAAGAUGGAUGGAUGGAUGGAUGGAUGGAUAGAUAGAUAGACUGCAAUAUAAUCAUUAUGGCCACGAAAAAUACAUCAGUACAAAUCACAAGGACAGUGUCACAUUUGAAAAUGUCCUAAUGAGAAUUUAGUAGGAUGUCAUACAAAAAGCAAUACUAAUUGAUAGAUUUUUUUUAAUCAAUUUGUGUCAACCCCCUUAACCUCCUAACUCAGUGGUUCUCCAUUACUUUCUGUCAUGGACAGACUUUUCUCACGGCCCCCUAUGAUCGCCCCCUUUUCAAGCAUAUAUUAAUCGAUCAAUCGUGUUUUGUGGUUGAAUAAGCCAAUUAUUAGUCCAUAUAUGCAAAAUGAACUAAAAUAGAAAUACAAGGAAUUAAGAAGCCGCAUUAAAAUUGAGAAUGUGGUAUUCUGCAUUGGUCACUAGGUGUCAGUAGCUGUUCGGUGAGACAAGAGGCUUUUAUUACAGGUUUCAAUGAUCUCACAGCAGGCACAACAAUAAUAAUCAUAACAAAAUAAUCAUAAUAAUAGCAACGCGGGCUACUGUUGUGGCCGUAAUCCAGCUACUCUGAACACCGGACAUCACUUCCUGUCCACAUGUCCAGAAGACAUUUAUGGCAACACACACGAACACGAACACACGAGUUUUAUUCAUGUCUUAAAUGGCUUAUUUUCUUUGAUUUGACCUACUCUAUUGGGUAAUAGCAAUGUAAAGGUGACUGUAGGGGCUCUAAUAACGAUAAAAAACGUACUUAGAAGGUCGUAAAAAUGCGCUAACUGUGAAACAAUUCCAUUUAUGAAUACAAAUUCCUACUUUGCGGCGAUGCACUGAUCAAGGUCCGGUCGAGAACAAAUUAACCAAGAUAAACGAGGGAUUAUUGUAGUCCCCCCAUGCCUCUCACCCCACUAUUUGAGAACCACUGUACUAACCGCUUUGAAAAAAACAACAAAAAGCAGCCUUUUUGCGCCAAAAGAUAGUGUUGCACAUUCAAUUUUGGCAUAUUUGUGGAUUGAACAUUGUUUUUGACUAUAACUCAUGAUUACUAUGGUACCUGCAUGUGAAGAUGGAUUCAAGAAAGUGAACUGAAGGCUUAAUAUCUCGAGUGUGAUAGCCUACUGAGUGUUAAAUUGCAAGACGGCCAGUACAUGGAGGCUGUUACUGAAGAAAGACUGGCAUGUGGAUUAUAUGCUGAUAAGGAAUUUCUUCAGUAAGGAAUGCAAGACUCUUGGCAGGGAUGUAUGAGGCAUGCAGAUACGAUAACGAAUGUAAGACACGUAAGUUAUGGAGGGUGAAUUUAGUUGGGGGGGGGCUCCUGUCUUCUGGGGGUUACUUUCCCCAACACAGUCGUCCCUCAUAAUGUUGCUUUUUCACAAAAUAAUUCAUGAAUAAAUGAUGGCUGUGUCAUGCUUGACUACGGCCUGAUAUCAGUCAUAUUAGUCAAACAACAUUGAAAGGCAAGUUAAGUGUAGGGCCGCACGGUGGACUAGUGGUUGGCAUGUUGGCAACACAGUCACAGUCAGGAGAUCGGGAAGACCUGGGUUCCAUUCUCCAACAACUGCAUGGAGACUAGCUACUGAGCCAGCACGGCCCAGCCCACAUGCUGAGAUCGAAUGAAAGGUUCUCCUCUCAUUCUGUGUGGAAGUGGUACGUUUUUGGAUUCUUUGUCCCUCUUCCCUACUCCAUUUGAAACACUUUCUUAAGUUUGGAAUAAGUAAAUUGGAGAGGCUAACUAUAGCUCGCUAGCUUGCUAUGCUAGCAGCGGAUGUCUGUAAUGUCCCUGCGGUGUAGCCUGCACAAUGUGAUGUAAACAAAGAAUAAUAGGAGUGUAAAAGUGACUAUUGGGAUGUUAUUUCAUGUCUACUGGGCUCUAAUAAUGUUAAAACCCGUAUUUAGAAACUCAUAAACUACGCUCUAACUGUGAAAAUAUUCUGUUUAUUCAUCUUGAAUCCUAUUUUGUGGAAAAGAACAAUUAACCGCGAUAAACGAGGGACGACUGAACAUUGUCACGUGUGUCUAUACCAAUUUUUGACUUUCCCUACUGCGUGAUAUCAACGUGAGAACACGAUGGGGUAAAGUAGAUCUCUCUAACGGGCUUAUUCAGCUGCCACCCUGUCAACGGUGUCACAUUUGAUUAAUUUAUCCCAAUUAAUAAUCCGAUAUUCACAUUCCUGUACUCUUGAAAACAGCCCCUGGUGUUUGUCGAGCUGAAGUUGUCAAGAGGGAAAUACAACAAGUAGACAGACAAGAACCGAGAACGUAGGCUGAUAUUGCAAGUCAAGUGGAGAAUGGAUAUGGUUGAAAGUCGGUUCAAGAGACAUCGGAAGAUUCUUAUUGCAUUUUGGAAAGUAGAUGUAUUAGGUUUCUAAGGUGUGUGUACGUGUCUUUGACAAGGAGGUAGGUGAGACGAGACGAGAGAGAGGGGAGGGGAGGGGAGGGGAGAAACAAAGGGCAUGGGAAACCAUGAUCGAUAGACUCAAUAAAGCACAAACAAGAGAAGAGCCAACUUGUGGCGGUUGCAAAAACGACUCAAAGGUCUGGCAGAGACAGGAAAAUCCAUUGGUUCAUAAAGAACUCAGAGUUGUGUUUUCUUGGCAUAAACGCUGUGAAGAGGCCACGUGGGUGAGAAAAGACUUUCCCUCGUUUCUGAGGCGCACUUCAAAUUUGCCCCUGACUGUUUCCUCUGGUUCUAAGCAGCCAGACUCUUUCCGGCCUUGAUUCUUCAAGCCAACCACCUCUACAAACGUCUGAACCAGGACAGGGAACCCAUGAUGUGGCUUUUCUUAACAACAUCACAUUUAUUACCUCCGCCAAGGGCAGCGCAAAGUUUUUAUGUUCAUGUUUCUGCCGGCGUUUAUCUGUUUGUUUGUUUGUUUGUGUUCAAAAUAACCUAAAAAAGUGCUGAAUGGAUUUGGAUGAAAAAUGAAAAAUGAAAAAAAAUACAGGACAAGUUUUCCCACAGGUUCCAUGGGAUUAUAUGACCUUUGGUUUUGGGCAAAGGUCAUUUUUUAGUGUAAAUUUACACCUUUAAUCUUCAUUCUUCAAUUCAUGAGGAAAAAAGUCGUACAUUUACAACAAUAGAGUCAUAAAUUUACAACUUUUUUCCUCAGGAAUCUACGACUUUAUUCUCGUUAAUGUACAACUUUAUGCUCGAAAUCACGGAAUUUUUUAUAUUUUUUUCAACGUGGCCCUAAUACUCCGCCUCAAUUUUACACCCCCCACUCCCUCCCCCAGUUUAUGUGCAUUGCGAGGAUGAGCCAUUGAGUGCUUUCACUCGAGCGGGGAAGGACAGCAUGAGCGCAGGUUGUGACCAAUGACAAUAAAAAGCAGGCAUAUUUUCAUAUAUUCCUAGCGUGAGCGUGAGCGAGUGACGCUGAGAAUAAACGGAAAGGGUUGAUGAACUUUAGAAGCUAUUUCACAGCGUGCGUCAGUGUAAAAAGAAUGAUGUGUCAUAUUAAAUGUAUGCUAUGUCCAUGAUACAUACAGUACACUAUAUUGUAUGAGUACAACGUCAGCUCUUUUUUCUUUUCCUCUUCAGACACGGAAAUAUACACGUGCUCUGUUUCUGUCGUGUUCCGUUUCAUCUCCAAUGUAAACUCAAGCAAGUCGGAGUUCUUCCUCUCUUUUUUUUCUCCUCUUUGGUUUGCACUGAUGCAUCUUUACAAAUGCGCCCCCUGUGUGACCUUCCUCCCAGCUGAAUCCCGCCGUGUGACUACGUCGUAUGUCUGUGAAAGAUGUAGUCAAGUGAAAACGACGACCAAAGCCCACAUGCGUCCUGUCAACACCAGCAAUGACCUUCGUGGGCUCAGAGUUACGGUCACGCACGUCUUCCAAAAAGUUCCUUUCUCUUUCCUGCUCCUCUGGGCUCCCGGUGUCUCUGUCUCAAGCCAAUCUUCUUGUCUUGCGAAUAACUGACACUGAGAACGAGAGGAGAGAUUUUUAAGCCAUAAAUGAAAACGGGCAUUGAUCGGCCAAGGAGGGAAGGCCUGGAUCCGCCGGCCCCUUCGGAUUCAGACACACGUUGGACUCCAAAAGAGCCGAAAUGAAGCAGCAGAAACUGUCGUUUUUUUUCCUACAACUCCAGGUGAAAACCAGCAA